AUGGAAAGGACAGCGGCGGUGGGUCUUUGGGACGCGGUGCUGGCCAGCCAUUUGGGCACGUUCGGCGGCGGCGGCUCCACAGGCCUUGACGGAAAUCCGGCGCCAGCAGCGCAGCAGCUGCGACUCGGAGUGGGCAAGCACGUCGUCGCGCCGUCAAAGCACGGUCUCAACCUCCACCGUGUCGUCCGCCUCCACCAGUAUCCUCUUCCAGAGCCCCGGGACCUCCCCGGGUCGAGCUCACGGAAACAGUCAUGGCAACUGUACGAUGAGGUGAUUCGACUCGAGCUGACUCCCUCUAUGACCAUUUCCUUUGUGAAAAAUGGUCAACUCUUCAAACUCCGCUAUACCUAUAUCGAUCUAUGUAAAGAUACCACGGGGGCCCUGAAAUGCCUUGAGCUUGGAGGAGGUUUCGGGCAACAGGCACCGUUUGUGCACGCUUUUCAUAAUACCAAACUCCCAGUCCCGCAUCUCGAACACCCCAAAGAAUCCGACGACUAUCCUCUGCGCGUGUCCUUCCUGGAGCAUCAAACCGUCCAAACGGCCCAGGUGGUUUUCAUGACCCAACUGUCCUAUAAAUUCGAGAAUUGGGAUGAUUGCGUUCGGUUCCAAGAGCUCCUGCUGGGGUCCAAACUGACCUUCAUCGGCGGCAUGGCUGAGGCGAAAUCCAAAGGGCGUGGUGAGGAGUGCAUCAGCCAGAAUAUUCGAAUACUCCGGGGCCACAAUAACAAACGCGUCCUACUCUACUUUGCAAACUCACAGCGUGGUCCGCUCAAGCGCUACGUUUCGAUUCCCCUGAACUGCAUCGCGAGUGUCAAACCACCCAAAAAGGCGGGGCGGCCGAUGACCAUCGAGUUGAAUCCCAACUUUGAGAUCUUAUCACAGAUGCGAAACCUCCAGAUCACCUUUCUUGAUGACAAUGAUUGCAAGGAAUUCUGCCAGCUGCUGUCAACGGACCUUACGAUUGGAUGA